AUGAAACUGCGUGGAGUCAGCCUGGCUGCCGGCUUGCUCUUACUGGCCCUGAGUCUUUGGGGGCAGCCUGCAGAGGCUGCGGCUUGCUAUGGGUGUUCUCCAGGAUCAAAGUGUGACUGUAGUGGUGUUAAAGGGGAAAAGGGAGAGAGAGGAUUUCCAGGUUUGGAAGGCCAUCCAGGUUUACCUGGAUUUCCAGGUCCAGAAGGGCCUCCAGGGCCUCAGGGACAAAAGGGUGAUGAUGGAAUUCCAGGGCCACCAGGACCAAAAGGAAUCAGAGGUCCUCCUGGACUUCCUGGAUUUCCAGGGACACCAGGUCUUCCUGGAAUGCCAGGCCAUGAUGGGGCCCCUGGACCUCAAGGUAUCCCCGGAUGCAAUGGAACCAAGGGAGAACGUGGAUUUCCAGGCAGUCCCGGUUUUCCUGGUUUACAGGGUCCUCCAGGACCUCCUGGGAUCCCAGGUAUGAAGGGGGAACCAGGUAGUAUAAUUAUGUCAUCACUGCCAGGACCGAAGGGUAAUCCAGGAUAUCCAGGUCCUCCUGGAAUACAAGGCCCUGCUGGUCCCACUGGUAUAACAGGACCAAUAGGUCCCCCAGGACCACCAGGUUUGAUGGGCCCUCCUGGUCCCCCAGGACUUCCGGGACCAAAGGGGAAUAUGGGCUUAAAUUUCCAGGGACCCAAGGGUGAAAAGGGUGAGCAAGGUCUUCAGGGCCCACCUGGGCCACCUGGGCAGAUCAGUGAACAGAAAAGACCAAUUGACGUAGAGUUUCAGAAAGGAGAUCGGGGACUUCCCGGUGACCGAGGCCCUCCUGGAUCUCCAGGGAUAUGUGGUCCUCCAGGUCCUCCAGGUGGUGUGAAAGGUGAGAAGGGUGAACAAGGAGAACCAGGCAAAAGAGGUAAACCAGGCAAAGAUGGAGAGAAUGGCCAGCCAGGAAUUCCAGGUUUGCCUGGUGAUCCUGGUUACCCUGGUGAACCAGGAAGGGACGGUGAAAAGGGCCAAAAAGGUGACAUUGGCCCAACUGGGCCUCCUGGACUUGUAAUUCCUAGACCUGGGACUGGUGUUACUGUAGGAGAAAAAGGAAACAUUGGGUUACCUGGCUUGCCUGGAGAAAAAGGAGAGCGUGGAUUUCCUGGACCACAGGGUCCACCUGGCCUUCCUGGACCUCCAGGGACUGCAGUUAUGGGUCCUCCUGGCCCCCCUGGAUUUCCUGGAGAAAGGGGCCAGAAAGGUGAUGAAGGUCCACCUGGAAUUUCCAUUCCCGGACCUCCUGGACUUGAUGGACAGCCUGGGACUCCUGGUCUUCCAGGGCCUCCUGGCCCUCCUGGCCCUCACAUAACUCCUAGUGAUGAGAUAUGUGAAGCAGGCCCUCCAGGCCCUCCAGGAUCUCCAGGUGAAAAAGGUCUGCAAGGAGAACAAGGAGUGAAAGGUGACAAAGGUGACACCUGCUUCAACUGUAUUGGAACUGGUAUUUCAGGGCCUCCAGGUGAACCUGGUUUGCCAGGUCUCCCAGGUCCUCCAGGAUCUCUUGGUUUUCCUGGACAGAAGGGUGAAAAAGGAUAUGCUGGUGCAACCGGUCCCAAAGGAUUACCAGGCAUACCAGGAGCUCCAGGUGCUCCAGGCUUCCCUGGAUCUAAAGGUGAACCUGGUGACAUCCUCACUUUUCCAGGAAUGAAAGGUGAUAAAGGAGAAGUGGGUUCCCCUGGAGCUCCAGGGCUUCCUGGUUUACCAGGCACCCCUGGACAGGAUGGUUUGCCAGGGCUUCCUGGCCCCAAAGGAGAACCUGGUGGAAUUACUUUUAAGGGUGAAAGAGGUCCCCCUGGAAACCCAGGUUUGCCAGGUCUCCCAGGGAAUAUGGGGCCUAUGGGUCCUCCUGGUUUUGGCCCUCCAGGCCCAAUAGGUGUAAAAGGCAUGCAAGGUAUGGCAGGAAAUCCAGGCCAGCCAGGAAUACCCGGUCCUAAAGGUGAUCCAGGUCAGACUGUAACACAGCCAGGGAAGCCUGGCCUGCCUGGUAACCCAGGCAGAGAUGGUGAAGUAGGUCUUCCAGGUGACCCUGGACUCCCAGGCCAACCAGGCUUGCCAGGAAUACCUGGUAGUAAAGGAGAACCAGGAAUCCCUGGAAUUGGGCUUCCUGGACCACCUGGUCCCAAAGGUUUUCCUGGAAUUCCAGGACCUCCGGGAGCACCGGGGACACCUGGAAGAAUUGGUCUAGAAGGCCCUCCUGGUCCACUAGGCUUUCCAGGAUCAAAGGGCGAACCAGGAUAUGCAUUACCUGGGCCACCUGGACCACCAGGACUCCCGGGUUUUAAAGGAGCACUUGGCCCAAAAGGUGAUCGUGGCUUCCCAGGACCUCCAGGUCCUCCAGGACGCACUGGCUUGGAUGGGCUACCUGGACCAAAAGGUGAUGUUGGACCAAAUGGACAACCUGGGCCAAUAGGACCUCCUGGGCUGCCAGGAAUAGGUGUUCAGGGACCACCGGGACCACCAGGCAUUCCUGGGCCAAUAGGCCAACCUGGCUUACAUGGAGUACCAGGAGAGAAGGGGGAUCCAGGACCUCCUGGGUUUGAUGUUCCAGGACCCCCUGGUGAGAGAGGCAAUCCAGGGAUCCCUGGAGCACCUGGUCCUAUGGGACCUCAAGGAUCACCAGGGCUUCCGGGAAAGGCAGGUGCCUCUGGAUUUCCAGGUGCCAAGGGUGAAAUGGGUAUGAUGGGACCUCCAGGCCCACCAGGACCAUUGGGAAUUCCUGGCAGAAGUGGUGUUCCUGGUCUUAAAGGUGAUGAUGGCAUGCAGGGUCAGCCUGGACUUCCUGGCCCUGCAGGAGAAAAAGGUGAUAAAGGAGAGCCUGGCCUUCCAGGCCCUCCUGGACCAAUAGAUCCAGAUCUGCUGGCCUCUAAAGGAGAAAAGGGGGAACCUGGCUUACCAGGUAUUCCUGGAGUUCCAGGGCCAAAAGGCUACCAGGGUUUGCCUGGAGAACCAGGGCAACCUGGACUCAGUGGGCAACCUGGAUUACCAGGACCAUCAGGUCCCAAGGGUAACCCUGGUCUCCCUGGUCAGCCAGGACUUAUUGGACCUCCUGGACUUAAAGGAAACAUAGGUGAUAUGGGUUUUCCAGGCCCUCAGGGUGUAGAAGGACCCCCUGGACCUCCUGGAGUUCCUGGACAACCGGGCUCCCCAGGAGUACCUGGACAGAAAGGAGGCAAAGGUGAUCCUGGUGUUUCAGUCAUUGGUCUUCCAGGCCUUCCUGGCCCAAAGGGUGAACCUGGUCUGCCUGGAUACCCAGGGAACCCUGGUAUCAAAGGUUCUGUGGGAGAUACUGGUUUACCUGGUUUACCAGGGACCCCUGGAACAAAAGGACAACCAGGCCUUCCUGGAUUCCCAGGAACUCCAGGUAUUCCUGGACCGAAAGGUAUUAAUGGUCCCCCUGGGAACCCUGGCCUUCCAGGAGAACCUGGUCCUAUAGGUGGUGGAGGUCGUCCUGGGCCACUGGGGCCGCCAGGUGAAAAAGGCAAACCAGGUCAAGAUGGCAUUCCUGGACCAGCUGGACAGAAGGGUGAACCAGGUCAGCCAGGCUUUGGAAUCCCAGGACCCCCCGGACUGCCAGGACUUUCUGGUCAAAAGGGUGAUGAAGGAUUACCUGGCAUUCCAGGAAACCCUGGCCUUCCAGGUCCAAAGGGUGAACCAGGCUUCCAAGGUUUCCCUGGUGUACAGGGUCCCCCAGGCCCUCCUGGUUCUCCAGGUCCAGCUCUGGAAGGCCCUAAAGGCAGUACUGGGCCCCAAGGUCCUCCUGGGAGACCAGGUCCUACAGGAUUCAGUGGUCUACCAGGUCCAGAAGGUCCCCGGGGUCUCCCUGGAAAUGGAGGUAUUAAAGGAGAAAGGGGAAACCCAGGCCAACCUGGGCAACCUGGCUUGCCUGGUUUGAAAGGAGAUCAAGGACCACCAGGACUCCCGGGGAAUCCUGGCCGACCAGGUCUCAAUGGAAUGAAAGGGGAUCCUGGUCUCCCUGGUGUUCCAGGAUUUCCAGGCAUGAAAGGACCCAGUGGAGUACCUGGUUCACCUGGCCCUGAGGGGGAACCAGGACUUAUUGGCCCCCCAGGUCCUCCUGGGUUACCCGGUCCUUCAGGACAGAGUAUUAUAAUCAAAGGAGAUGCUGGUCCUCCAGGGAUUCCCGGCCAGCCUGGGUUAAAGGGUCCACCAGGACUACCAGGACCUCAAGGUUUACCAGGUCCAAUUGGCCCUCCAGGAGAUCCUGGACGCAAUGGACUCCCUGGCUUUGAUGGUGCAGGAGGGCGCAAGGGAGACCCAGGUCUUCCAGGCCAGCCAGGUAUCCGUGGUUUGGAUGGUCCCCCUGGGCCAGAUGGACUGCAGGGUCCCCCAGGUCCCCCUGGAGCCUCCUCUAUUGCCCAUGGAUUCCUCAUCACACGCCACAGCCAGACAACAGAUCCACCACAAUGCCCGCAGGGAACAGUUCAGAUCUAUGAAGGCUUUUCUCUCCUGUAUGUACAAGGAAAUAAAAGAGCCCACGGUCAAGAUUUGGGGACGGCUGGCAGCUGCCUUCGUCGCUUCAGUACCAUGCCUUUCAUGUUCUGCAACAUCAAUAAUGUUUGCAACUUUGCUUCAAGAAAUGACUAUUCUUACUGGCUCUCCACCCCAGAGCCCAUGCCAAUGAACAUGGAACCCCUGAAGGGCCAAAGCAUCCAGCCAUUCAUUAGUCGAUGUGCAGUUUGUGAAGCUCCAGCUGUGGUGAUUGCAGUUCACAGUCAGACCAUCCAGAUUCCCCGUUGUCCUCAGGGAUGGGAUUCUCUGUGGAUUGGUUAUUCCUUCAUGAUGCAUACAAGUGCAGGGGCAGAAGGCUCAGGUCAAGCACUGGCCUCCCCUGGUUCCUGCUUGGAAGAAUUUCGUUCAGCUCCCUUCAUUGAAUGUCAUGGGCGGGGUACCUGUAACUACUAUGCCAACUCCUACAGCUUUUGGCUGGCAACUGUAGAUGUGUCAGACAUGUUCAGUAAACCUCAGUCAGAAACGCUGAAAGCAGGAGACUUGAGGACACGUAUUAGCCGAUGUCAAGUGUGCAUGAAGAGGACAUAA